AUGACAGAUGAAAUCAGGGACUUAUCAGCUUCUCAGCAACACUAUCUAGAUAUUCGAUCAGAUGAUCUUAAUAAUACAAGCAGAGUAAUUGAAGGCAAGUAUCUUGAUUUGCUGGCACAAACAGAACUUAAUAUGAACAAGAAACAAUGGGCAAUUGGACCUAUUCUGCCUACUAAACUCGAUUAUAUCUCGAAUAGAGAGAAUAUAUGUUUGGAGUGGCUGAACAAACAACCUCCAAGAUCAGUUCUUUAUGUAUCUUUUGGAACAGUAACUUCAUUUUCCGAUAGACAAAUCAAGGAGCUCGCGAUGAGAUUAGAGCAGAGUAAACAGAGGUUUAUAUGGGUGCUGAGAGAUGCCAAUAGAGGAGAUAUCUUUAAAGGGGAAGAUAGAAAAGUUGAAUUGCCUGAAGGAAUUGAGGAAAGAGUAGAAGGGGUUGGGUUAGUGGUAAGAGAAUGGACACCACAACCAGAAAUCUUGGCUCAUUCGUCCACAGGCGGGUACAUGAGUCAUUGUGAUUGGAACUCUUGCUUAGAGAGUAUUACUAUGGGAGUGCCUAUAGCUGCUUGGCCUAUGCACACUGAUCAACCAAUAAAUGGUUUCUUGGUGACGGAAAUAUUGAAAAUAGGCCUGCUUGUUAGAGAUUGGGGGAAACGCGAGGAGGUAGUAAGUGCAUCCACUAUUGAGAAUGUCGUGAGGAAGUUGAUGGCAUCAGAAGAAGGAAAUGUGAUUAGAAAAAGAGCAGAAGAAUUUGGAGAAGCUGUAAGGCAGUCCACAGAGAAAGGGGGUACUUCUCGAAUAGAGUUGGAUUCUUUCAUCGCUCACAUCACAAGAUAG